UCGGUGAAAGAGGGACUGGGAUCUGCGAUCUCAGGGCAGUUCCGUGAUUGUAGUCCUCGGUGCGUCAGUUUACUGAUAAAACAUUCAUUUUUUUGGUUCUGUUAAUAUUCAGUGGUCAGUGUUAUUCAAUUUCACUCGGUUACUCCGAUAUUUUGGUAAAUUUCAGUCAAUUAGGGACUGGUUCUUCAGUUAAUUAUAUUUUCAUCAGCAUCAGAAAACAUCUCAUUCGGUAACCACAAUGGACUCUGACGAGGAGACUCUCUACGAUGAGGUGGACUCAGGCAAUGAGUCCAGCGGCGAUGACGUAGACUUCGCGAUGGAGUGCGAAACUGGUAAUCCGCGUGAACGCACCAACGACGCCGAUGACUAUCCUUUCGAGGUCUUAACGACUGAGGAAAUCGUUCAACACAUGGUGGAUUGCAUCAAGGAAGUCAACACAGUUGUUGAGAUACCAGCAACGACAACUAGAAUAUUAUUGAAUCACUUCAAGUGGGACAAGGAGAAGCUCAUGGAGAGAUUUUACGAUGGGGAUCAGGAUAAAUUGUUCGCUGAAGCUAGAGUGGUCAAUCCGUUUCGGAAAGGUCCACUCAUUAGUAGGUCACGUUCUGCUCAAAGCUCAUUGUCGAGGAAGACAUCUACAAAUGGUACUGAGGAGUGCGGCAUCUGUUUCACAACAUUACCGUCUUCCAUGAUGACGGGGUUGGAGUGCGGUCAUCGCUUCUGUGCUGGCUGCUGGGGAGAAUAUCUAACUACUAAAAUCAUGGAGGAGGGCGUUGGUCAGACAAUAGCAUGUGCAGCCCAUGCAUGCGACAUUCUCGUUGAUGAUGCAAGUGUAAUGCGUUUGGUUAAGGACUCCAAAGUCAAGCUUAAAUAUCAACAUCUCAUUACGAACAGUUUUGUUGAGUGUAACAGGUUAUUGAGGUGGUGUCCAUCCCCGGACUGCAACAGCGCUAUAAAAGUACAGUACGUCGAGGCAAAGCCAGUGACGUGUAAGUGUGGCCACACAUUUUGCUUUCACUGCGGUGAAAAUUGGCAUGAUCCAGUGAAAUGUCAUUUACUACGUAAGUGGAUUAAAAAGUGUGACGACGAUUCCGAGACGUCCAAUUGGAUAGCCGCCAACACGAAAGAAUGCCCAAAAUGUAAUGUGACGAUUGAGAAAGAUGGUGGUUGCAAUCACAUGGUCUGCAAAAAUCAAAAUUGUAAGACAGAGUUCUGUUGGGUGUGCUUGGGACCCUGGGAGCCACAUGGCUCUAGCUGGUACAACUGCAAUCGUUACGAUGAGGACGAGGCUAGGGCUGCCAGGGAUACACAGCAAAAAUCACGAUCAGCAUUGCAGAGAUACUUGUUCUACUGCAACAGAUACAUGAAUCAUCUGCAAUCACUCAAGUUUGAGAGCAAAUUGUAUGCUAGUGUCAAGGAGAAAAUGGAGGAGAUGCAGCAACACAAUAUGUCUUGGAUUGAAGUCCAGUUCCUGAAGAAGGCAGUUGACAUCUUGUGUUUAUGUAGACAGACUCUAACGUAUACAUACGUUUUUGCUUAUUACCUGAGGAAAAAUAAUCAAUCUGUGAUCUUCGAGGAUAAUCAGAAGGAUCUUGAAGGUGCAACUGAAUUUCUGUCUGAGUAUCUCGAGAGGAACAUCACCAGUGAAAAUCUUGCUGACAUCAAGCAAAAGGUCCAGGAUAAAUACAGAUAUUGCGACAAUCGAAGGAAGGUAUUACUCGAGCACGUGCACGAGGGCUACGAGAAAGAAUGGUGGGACUACACUGAAUAAAAAUAGCCAAACACGGACGGAAUUCUCCUCGUAUCAGGGAUGCAAUGGUCUGCCCCUCACUCUCUAGCCCUCCCGUGACCGCCUCAACUGUGAUAACUCGUCAAAAAAUAAAUAAAUAAAUGAAAAUUCAAACAAAAAGUAUAUAUAACGGAUUUGUGAUGAGAGACAGGAAUAAAGAAAAAUCCUGUGGUCAUCGAUUCAAAAUUUUUCCUCAAACUUUGACCUGAAAUGAAUUCAAAAUUAGCUAAAUUUUGCCCUGUUUUCUUUUUGUUUGCGUUUUUGUGGAGCUCUCGAGUCUAAGGUAUUAGUGUUUUCAUUGCACGAUGGCGGUUCGAGAUACUUAAAAUUUAUAAAAACUGGUAUAAAUGUGAUUUUGAUGAAAGAAAAUGAAUAACUUACUAUUACGAAAUGAGUAAUUUUGUUUUUUUUAUGUGAAAGUGAAGAGAACACAAUUUUCAAUAGAUGUCUGUCGAUGGAUCUUGAAUUUUCUUCUAGUAAAAAAUGAUAAACCAAAAAUGGAAAAUAAUUGGAGAGAAUGGCGAUGGAAAGCUUUAGGCAUAACUAAACUGUUUGUUUUUAAAAAUUGAUUUUUUAGUUGAUAAUGGAGAAAAUAAAGUGGUUGAUCAGAUGUGGAGAAUGGAAGAUGCGAGAGACAUUGUGUUAUCUCUAGCGAACAGAACAAGCAAAAUAUAGUGAAUUGCUUUUUUUUCAUGGUAGUGUUAAAUAUUUUGCGGUUGCUCUCGGUCAAGAGACACGUCCAGGCUACAACUGCCAUGAUAUUUUCAAGAGUAAUAAAUAAAUGUUUGAAAAAGAAAAAAUGAAAAUUCUUCACUGAUUUUUGCCUCUUAAGGACCAAGUCAUUGUUGCUGAAUAGUUUUCAGAGGUCAAUUUCCAUAGGUGAAUGCUGUCUUCGUUGUAAUUGUAAUCGACAAUUGCCGAAUGUUCGAGUAGAGUGUAGAUUAAUGCUGUUAAAUUGACAAGUUAAGCAUCAAUCAAUUUUCAUCAUUGAAGAGAAAUAAUAAUGGUGUUCAAUAAGCCUGUGAAUUUUAAGUUCAUCCCGCAGUUGGAAAGAACAGAAUAGAAGGAACGUUAACAGCAGUAAUAUUUGCUCAAAAUUUUCGUCGAGUUUAGGCACCAAUUUUUCCCCCCAACAUGAUGUAGUGGAUAUUCGUCACACCUGCGAGAAAAACAGGACCGAAUUCCGUUUGUACAGUUUAAAUAGAUAUAUGAUCGCAAUUAUUUAAUGAAGUAUGUGUAUACAUAUGGAAAAACAUUAUGCAAGUAAUAAAAAUAAAUAUGGUGAACAUGAGAUAAUUGUAACAAAUACAGCAAAAUUUGUAAUUUGUAUUUUUUUUAGUUCAGGUAUCGAAGAAUUGUUGAUAGUUGUUAUUUUAUUGUGAUGAACUGUUACGCAAAUCUCUGCAUCAUGUUUGAAAUAGCGCAGAAUGGGAAUAGUUGAUAGGCAAGGUUUCUUUUUGUUUCGUUUACUAAUCUGUAUCGAUGGCAGUCUCGAAGGGGUAUCAUCCCCACAAUUCACGACAAAGCAACAACUCUCGAAUGUAAAAAAACAGAUCGUGGAAGAAUCGUAAAAAUUAGAAGAAUAAUAAAAAUCCAAGUUUUUUAUUUCAAUUCGAAAAACCGUCUCGAUCUAUUUUCAACCAUACACUCCGUACAUUAAUGUUAAGGUGAAUGGAAGGGUGAUGGAGAGCGUUUGAUGAAUCAGCCGAAUAUGUAAAUAUUUCGAAUAGGAAACGAUCGGUUUGGAAAUGAGGAAAAAAUCACUAGGUGGGGAAUAAAAUAAUGAUAUUCAAGGGAUGAGGGACAUGUACAAGACUUACUGCUAUGAAAAGGAUUAUAACACCUUGUUUUCAUAUUUUGCUGUGGAAAAACGCGUGUUGUGAACUAUUACUCAAAUUCCUGCGCCAUUUCAGAUGUGAGCAACUGCACUAUUUUUGAAAUAGCGCGGAAUGGGAAUAGUUGAUAGGCAAGGUUUCUUUUUGUUUCGUUUACUAAUCUGUAUCGAUGGCAGUCUCGAAGGGGUAUCAUCCCAACAAUUCACGACAAAGCAACAACUCUCGAAUGUAAAAAGACAGAUCGUGGAAGAAUCGUAAAAAUUAGAAGAAUAAUAAAAAUCCAAGUUUUUUAUUUCAAUUCGAAAAA